UUUCCGGAGGAACGAUAAAAAGUGAGACACCAAGGGACGAGGAAAAUUUGGUGUGUAGUGAGAAAUCUGAAGUUGCAGGAAAUUAUUUCAAAUACGUAUUGGAAUAAAUGUAAAUAAGAUCAGAUAACAGUUUUCAUAUUGACAGGUUUCAGUUUCAAGUCCCCAGGAAGUCCAGGCUAUCUGGUGGGAAGUCCAGUGCUACAGCUGAAAGAGACAGGUGCUUACCCAUCCUGGAAGGAAUCCAAUACCAAAUGUUACCACUAGAUGACAGGAUUUGCGCAGUUUUGUAAUCAAUGGGCUUCUUUAAGGGAAAUGGAAGAACAUUUUGAAGCUUUCAGCCAAGCUGAAUGAAGAAAGUAUUGAAGCGAAGCUAAGAGCUGAUCCUGACAAGCAUUAGGACCAUCACUGGAUGGUGGAGCGACUUUCACCGGCACUACAAUAGGAUGAUAUGUUCUACCCAAUGCUAGAAGGUCUACUCUCGAGGACCCUUCUUCCAAAGACUCGUAAAGGUCUCUUGUUAAUUUCAACAUGUCGGAACUCUCACAAAUUUUCUUCAGUUAUUGACGUGGCAAUGAUUUCUGAGAAAAAGAUGGGCAGCCUUUUGUUCCCAUUCCAAGGACUUGAGAAGUAUCUCAUGGGUGGGGUGAACAAGAGCCAUUUCCAUGCAUUUCUUCCAAGCUUUGAGGACAUAAAGAGUGCAGAGACAUUCUUUAUACCUUCAAAAAGGCACAACAUUGAUUAUUACUCAUCGGCUGUGAGAAUGGAUCAUGCUCCAGUAAUAAGUGAGCCAGAGGUUUGUUUUAUUGGCAGAAGCAAUGUUGGCAAAUCCUCACUUAUAAAAGCACUGUUUUCACUGGUUCCAGACAUUGAAGUCCGAGUUUCAAAAACACCAGGACAUACAAAAAAAAUGAAUUUCUUUAUGGUGAAAAAAGCUUUUACGCUUGUGGAUAUGCCUGGCUAUGGUUUUAAAGCACCGAAGGAUUUUGAAGACAUGGUGGAGCCCUAUCUGAAAACCAGGAAGAAUUUAAGACGAACAUUUUUGCUGAUCGACGGCUCAGUGGGAGUCCAGAAAGCUGACCGAAUAGCACUGGACAUGUGUGAAGAGUUUGGGAUCCCUUAUGUGAUUGUUGUCACAAAAAUUGACAAGGCUAAGCAAGGGGAAUUGUUACGCCACAUACUGGAAAUGCAGAACAUAAUCGAAGAUCACACUACUGGGUGCUUCCCUCAGCCUUUCCUAGUCAGCUCUGUGCAGUUUUCUGGGAUACACCUGUUAAGAUGCUUCAUUGCCCAUGUGACUGGGAAUCUGCCACUUAGAUUGACGUGACUCGACCCUUGGAAGACCAGAAGUGAGACUGGAAAUUAGCUUAGAGAAUAUAUUAAAGUGAAUAAUAUUAAUUUAAGUAUUGUUUUUUUUUUCACAAUUUAAAUAAUAAAGCUGUAUAUUUUUGAAAUAA